UCGCGCUGUGCGCGCCCCGGCGGCAGCGGGGUCCUGGUGGGCUGCGGUCCGCGCGCCGCCGCGGACGCCCUCUUCGGAGGUGGGCGGGGCAGACGGAGGAGGCGCGAGCCCAGCGGAAGCCAUGUUUGUGGCGCGCAGCAUCGCGGCGGACCAUAAGGAUCUCAUCCAUGAUGUCUCUUUCGACUUCCAUGGGCGACGGAUGGCUACCUGUUCCAGUGACCAGAGCGUCAAGGUCUGGGAUAAAAGUGAAAAUGGGGAUUGGCAUUGUACUGCUAGUUGGAAGACACAUAGUGGAUCUGUGUGGCGUGUGACAUGGGCCCAUCCAGAAUUUGGACAGGUUUUGGCUUCUUGUUCUUUUGACCGAACAGCUGCUGUGUGGGAAGAAAUAGUAGGAGAAUCAAAUGAUAAACUGAGAGGACAAAGUCAUUGGGUUAAGAGGACAACUCUAGUGGAUAGCAGAACAUCCGUUACCGAUGUGAAAUUUGCCCCUAAGCAUAUGGGUCUUAUGUUAGCAACCUGUUCGGCAGAUGGUAUAGUAAGAAUAUAUGAGGCACCAGAUGUUAUGAAUCUCAGCCAGUGGUCUCUGCAGCAUGAGAUUUCAUGUAAGCUAAGCUGUAGUUGUAUUUCUUGGAAUCCUUCAAGCUCACGUGCUCAUUCCCCCAUGAUAGCUGUAGGAAGUGAUGACAGUAGUCCAAAUGCAAUGGCCAAGGUUCAGAUUUUCGAAUAUAAUGAAAACACCAGGAAAUAUGCAAAAGCUGAAACCCUCAUGACAGUCACAGAUCCUGUCCAUGAUAUUGCCUUUGCUCCAAACUUGGGAAGGUCUUUCCACAUUCUAGCCAUAGCAACCAAAGAUGUGAGAAUUUUUACUUUAAAGCCUGUGAGGAAAGAACUUACCUCCUCUGGUGGACCAACAAAAUUUGAAAUCCAUAUAGUGGCUCAGUUUGAUAAUCAUAAUUCCCAGGUCUGGCGAGUGAGUUGGAAUAUAACAGGAACAGUGUUAGCAUCUUCAGGAGAUGAUGGCUGUGUAAGAUUGUGGAAAGCUAAUUAUAUGGACAAUUGGAAGUGUACUGGUAUUUUGAAAGGUAAUGGGAGCCCUGUCAAUGGGAAUUCUCAGCAGGGAAACUCAAAUCCUUCCCUAGGUUCAAAUAUCCCAAAUCUUCAAAAUUCAUUAAAUGGAUCUUCUUCUGGCAGAAAGCACAGCUGAGUACCAGCUAACUGGAGUAACUUUGCUGUUUUGCUGCUUGUUGCAUGCACACAGGAAUGGAAAGCGAGCUCCUUUUCCCUUUCCCCAGCGCGUUUGACCUCUCCCAAGAUACACCAGCAGCCUGCUUACCACUAAACGCAAUCCAAAAGGCCUUUAAAAAAUACAGUGUAUAUCAUUUUUUUGUACUAGCCAGUUUAUUGACACUAUUUGAAACUUUUGAAAUAUAAGUGGAGAGGCUUUUUGUUGAGACGUUGUCACCAAAACAAUUUUUUGAAAUGUUCCUGAAACUCACAUGGGUUUUAAAAUUAAAAGGAUUGUUGCUAUCCUUGUAAGUAGUUGGGAGGAGGGGAAAACACCACUUUAUUCCAGUUGGAGAAUAUAGGCUUAUUUCUUUUGUUUUCUAAAACAGUAAGCUAAAACGAUGAAUUUUUACAAUUUUAAUUUGAAGAUUGAAUAAAUAUUUUUCAUAAAGAUUGUUUUGAGUGCUAAUUUGUUUAUUACCUUUUGUAGAACUGGCUUAUAUGUGAUAUUAUUUAAUACAACUCUGUCAUUUCUUUGUAAUAUUAAAAAAUAUUAGUAAAGAAGUGAGAGUAGUAGUAGUGAAAUGAAUGUAAUUUGUACAGUUAGUGGCCAAAUUAAAUAUUUGGUAUUGCUUCAUUUAUAAUUUGGUAGUAAAAUGAAAACAUCUUUGUAAGUUUUCAAUUCUUAUUCACUAAAGAGCUAAAUGUUUCUAAUAUGUGCUUGUAUAUUUUUUAUGGUAUAAUUCCAUGGCUUAAGUUUUCCUUCAAGUCAAAAUUUGGAAACAUACUAUAAGAGGAGCUGUUAAAAAUCUGCUGAAAUUGUGCAUGCACAUUAACCUCCACAUUCCAAGUCUCAGGAUUUUAAUUUAGUUGGCUGCUUCAUUUAGUUCAUAUUCUCUAGAACUUUGACUUUGAUGACAAAGCUAUAAGUCUUUGUUUGCUAAUAUGCUUAAGUAUUACGGGUAAGUUAUAAAAUGGCAGAAGAGUAACAAUAGAACAUAUUCUUUGAGCUCUUUUACUUAUCAAAAUUUUGUACUAUUUAAGGUUUUUGCCGAAAAGCAGCUUAGUGUUUUCAAAGAUUGUUAUUUCUUCAGAAGUAUAUUGCAAUAGCUGGCCAUACUUUGUGAAAGUAUAUUUGGAUUGGUUCUCAGUGUCAUGUAUGCACUACAAAACGUGUGCCUGCUGCUACUACAAACGAAGCAUUGCUUAAAAUAAAAAGCUUAUUAGAUUUGUAAA